GUAAACAUAUGUCACAUGACUGCAGGCGGAAGCAGACUCAAAGUAAUAUUAGUAACGUUACAAGAUGGCUACGCCGUCGGGAGGAGGCGAUUCAGUCUUUUUAACAGUACUUUCCUGGGGAUAUUUUGUCUCAAUGAAGAUGAAGGACAAACCACACAGACAAUCGGUAAUGGAACUGAUCAGGUACUAGAACUGGGAAAAAGAUUACUGACAGAUUUCAUCUAUGAGCGGGUUCGUCGCCAUGCUGACAGCAGUACUCAGUUGUCAGUGUUACAGACCCAGUUGGGCGGGAGUGAGCUGUGUGACCCCAACCACAAGAAACUGGCCCAGUGCCUGCAGCAGAUUGGAGAUGAGCUGGAUGGCAAUACACAACUCCAAAGUAUGAUAAAUGAUACUGCACUCCAGCCCAGCCAGGAGGUUUUUAUGAGAGUGGCCUGUGAGAUCUUCUCUGAUGGGAAGUUCAACUGGGGCAGGGUGGUGGCACUCUUCUACUUUGCCUGUCGGCUGGUCAUCAAGGCUCUGUUGACCAAGGUCCCCGACAUCAUCAGAACAAUUAUCAGCUGGGCCACAGACUACCUGCGAGAUCAUGUGAUCAACUGGAUUAGGGAGCAGGGUGGCUGGGAGGGAAUCCGUUCCUACUUUGGCACUCCCACCUGGCAGACCGUGGGGGUGUUCCUCGCUGGAGUUCUUACCACUGUGCUGGUCAUCCGCAGGAUGUGA